UUCGUCUUCCUCUUCUUCUUCCCUUUCCCUCUUCCCCAGGUCACCCUCACCUUUCACAUUUCCCUUCCCCUCCCUACCAAAAAAGUACAAACCCAGUGAUUGAUUGUGAGAGACACCUUUUCUUCCUAUUUCUAUUCCCUCCUCAAUCCUCCACUGCCCUCUAUUCUUGCAUCAAUGGCGGGCAUGCAGACCAGACCCUCGUCUCCGUCUCUCCUCCUCCUCCUCUUUCUGUACCUCAACCUCAACCUCAACCUUGCUCUCAACCAGGAGGGCUUGCUCCUGCUCUCCGUCAAGCAAUCCCUCUCCGACCCGACCGGUUUCCUCUCCGGAUGGUCCGACCGGACCGGCGCACCCACCCCCUGCAACUGGACCGGUGUCGCCUGCAACGCCCGCAACUCCGUCGUCUCCAUCGUUCUCUCCGGCGCACCUCUCGCCGGCCCUUUCCCGAUCGACCUCUGCCGCCUGCCCUCUCUCGCCAAGCUCUCUCUCGACAACGAUGAGAUUAACUCCUCCCUUCCUCUCUCCAUUUCCGACUGCCGGAGCCUCGUCUACCUCGAUCUCUCCGGCAACUUCAUCGUCGGUCCUCUCCCGCCCACGCUCGCCGACAUCCGCUCCCUCAGGGAACUUCGAUUGGAGAGCAACAACUUCUCCGGCGCGAUUCCUGCGGAAUUCGGGUAUUUCCAGCGCCUCGAAGCUCUGCAGCUCACUGAAAACCUUCUAACUGGCACCAUUCCUGCUUUUUUGGCUAACGUUACAACUCUGAAGAAGCUUUUUCUAGCUUACAAUCCAUUAGGGGGUGAGCUACCUUGGGAGAUCGGUAACAUGACUAAAUUGGAAGAAUUAUGGGUUAGUAAUUGCGGUUUGACGGGGACGAUACCGGAGAGUUAUGGCAGGUUGAGUAGGCUGAAGAAUCUCGAUGUUUCGGGUAAUAAACUCUCUGGAUCGUUAAAUGUUCUUAUGAAGCUCAAGAACAUAGUUCAAAUGGAGCUGUUCAACAACACGUUUUCUGGCAAUCUGCUGGCUAAUGGAUGGUCUAAUCUGACUCGGUUGAGGCGAAUCGAUGCUUCGAUGAAUCGUUUCACGGGGAAUCUUCCGAAUGAACUAUGCGAGUUGCCGUUGGAGUCGCUCAACUUGUUCGAAAAUCAUCUUGAGGGUGUGAUCCCGGACAGCAUUGCCAAGUCGCCGAAUUUGUAUGAACUCAAAUUGUUCGGCAACAAGUUCUCCGGGACAUUGCCGCAGGAUCUUGGCAAGAACUCUGCUUUGAAAACACUUGACGUAACGGGGUGUAAUCUUACCGGUGAAAUUCCUCCAUUUUUAUGCCGACAUGGAGCUCUUAAGGAGAUGAUCUUGCUCCGGAAUUCGUUCUACGGCACUAUCCCUCAGCAGCUUGCAAAAUGCUGGACACUGCAACGAGUUCGAAUGGCUCUAAACAGAUUAUCCGGUGAAAUCCCGGCAGAGUUUUGGGGACUGCCAGAAGUAUACUUGCUCGAGCUCUCGGGAAAUUCCUUCAAUGGAACGAUAGCCAGUUCUAUCAAGGGUGCGAAAAGCUUAACGGACUUUGAUAUUUCGAAAAACAAGUUUUCCGGGAACAUACCAUCUGAAUUUGGCUUGUUGGACAGUUUGGUCGAGUUUACCGUCAACAAUAAUAUGUUCAGCGGAGAAAUACCGAGUAGCUUGACGCAUUUACGACACUUGACUCGGCUUGAGUUUCAUAACAACAGAUUUUCCGGUGGAAUUCCAACUGGAAUUCAGAACCUGAAGGUACUGAAUGAUCUGAAUCUGGCGAACAACACCUUGUCCGGUCCUAUAAUCGAUGAAAUUGGAAACUUGCCGGUGCUUAACUACCUCGAUCUUUCGAACAAUCAUUUCUCGGGGAGCAUUCCGCUGUCUUUACAGAAUUUGAAGCUUAAUCAGCUCAAUCUAUCGAACAAUAUGCUCGCUGGAGUUAUACCUCCUCUGUUCGCCGGAGAAUUUUUCAGGGACAGCUUCCUCGGAAAUCCCGGGCUUUGUCUAGAAACUUCCGGAUUAUGCCGACCUAGUAAAGGCCACGAACCUCCAGUCUUUUCAUGGUUCAUAAUGUUCGUCCUUAUCUUUUUUGGAAUCACAACUGCUGCCGGCAUCGUAUGGUUUAUGAUCAAGUACAAGAAAAUCAAUCGAUUGAAGAAAAGCGUUCCGUUGGUGAAAUGGACGUCGUUCCACAAGCUCGAAUUCAGCGAAACUGAAAUCGCCAAGUGCUUGAAAGAAGCGAACAUGAUCGGAAUGGGCGCGUCCGGAAAGGUGUACAAAGUCAUCCUCAGCAAUGGGGAGACGGUCGCCGUGAAGAAAAUGCACGACAGGCUGACAUUCGACGAUACUUCCAAUGUCGACGAGUUUCAUGUCGAGGUCGAGACGUUGGGCAGUAUACGACACAAGAAUAUAGUGAAAUUGUGGUGCUGCUGCGACAUGGGAGCCUGCAAACUUCUCGUCUACGAGUACAUGCCGAAUGGGAGCUUAGGCGACGCUCUCCACAAGAACAAUGGGAAAAUAUUGACAUGGCCGAAGAGGUUCUCCAUCGCAUUGGACGCCGCCGAGGGUCUAUCUUAUUUGCACCAUGACGCUGUUCCUCCGAUCGUCCACCGUGACGUGAAGUCCAACAACAUUCUCCUUGACGAAGAUUUCGGCGCCAAAAUCGCCGAUUUUGGAGUCGCAAAAAUCGUCAAAACGAUCGAUAACGGUUUUCAAUCCAUGUCUGCUAUAACAGGCUCUUGCGGAUACAUCGCCCCAGAGUAUGCGUAUACGCUCCGAGUGAACGAAAAGAGCGACAUUUACAGCUUUGGCAUUGUCCUAAUGGAGCUCGUGACGGGGAAGCCGCCGGUGAGUCCGGAGUACGGCGAGAAGGACUUGUCAGCAUGGGUCCGGUCGGGAAAAGUUCUCGUCCUCGACCCGAAGCUCGAUCCGAGAUUCGAGGAGCACGCCGGGAAGGUUCUAGAACUCGGGCUGCUGUGUACGAGCCAGAUUCCGGCGAACCGGCCGUCGAUGCGGCGGGUGGUCGGCAUGCUGCAGCAGCUGGGGGCGGAGAUGCCGCCGGCAGUGGUGGAAGAGAAGGAGGCAUAGUUAUGUCGUAAUUAAACAGUAUCGAAUGAUUUAAUGAUUGGGAUUUUUAAUUAAUGUUUGGAUUAGGGAUAUUGGAAUUAGAUUAGAUUAGAGUAGUGUGGAUUGAUUGAAGAUGGGUUUGGUAGUCUAUUAUGAGUAAUGUUUAUUAAUUAUUUUGAA